CAUCUUCUUUAUUCAUUCAUUGUUCACAGCAACAAUAUCCCAAGAUGGCUGCACUUUGUGUGAAAAAAAAUAUUCUAACACUUGUUGCAGUCGCAUUAAUCUUAGCAGGAUAUGUGAAGGCUCAAAAUUGUGGAUGUGCAGCAAACGAAUGCUGCAGCGAAUUUGGGUAUUGUGGCACCACCAGUGCAUACUGCGGCAAGGGGUGCAGAGAAGGCCCUUGUACUGCAUCCCCUACUACACCUUCAAGUGGUGUCUCGGUGGCUGAUAUUGUGACAGAUGCUUUCUUUAAUGGGAUAAUUAAUCAGGGCACUGGAGACUGUCCAGGGAAGAGCUUCUACACCAGGGCUGCAUUCCUUAAUGCUCUUAACUCCUAUACUCAGUUUGGCACAACUGGUACUGCUGAUGAUUCUAAGCGUGAGAUUGCUGCUUUCUUCGCCCAUGUCACGCAUGAGACUGGAUUUUUGUGCAAAAUAGAAGAGACAAAUGGUGCUUCCCAGGACUACUGUGACGAGAAUAACACACAGUAUCCAUGCAACCCAGCCAAAAAAUACUAUGGUCGUGGACCACUUCAGCUAACCUGGAAUUACAACUACGGAGCAGCUGGAAAUAGCAUCGGAUUCGACGGAUUAAACGCUCCUGAAACUGUGGCUACAGACGCCGUUGUUUCGUUUAAGACAGCCUUGUGGUUUUGGAUGACCAAUGUUCACUCGGUUAUUGGCCAAGGGUUUGGGGCAACAACUCGGGCGAUUAAUGGUGCAGUUGAAUGUGAUGGUAAAAGGCCUGAUCUUGUCCAAGCUCGUAUCAACUAUUACACUCAAUACUGUAACCAAUUCGGUGUUGCUCCUGGUGAUAAUCUCAGUUGCUAGGAUGCUUAACCUUAAUUUCUUGGAUACAAAGAAAUAAAGAAGGUCAAAUAACUUAGGUGAAAGAGAACUAUCCCUUCUUGUAUUGCCCAUAGUCUCUAUGAGCAUUUGAUGGCCUCAUAAAUAAAGGAAAUAAAGAGUAUUCUCAUUUGCUUUUA